AUGAGAAUAUCUACAGUAGAUCGCCAUGCUGGUGUCGUGUGCUCCGGGUUAUUACCAGAUGGUCGUCAUCUGAUCAGCAGAGCAAGAGACGAGGCCAGCAGCUGGAGACAAACAUACAAAGGUCCCAUCCCAGUCCAGGCGCUGGCCUCGAGGAUGGGCGGAUAUGUCCAAGCCUACACCCUUUACUCCAGUGUACGACCGUUUGGCGUGACAGCAAUCCUUGGAGGUUGGGAUUCCGAGGCCGAACUUGGUGUGGACGGGCAAGUCGGGCUUGGACCUUCAGUUGGCGCCGGUGGGAAGGUCGAGGGCGAGGCUGUCAAGAGAGGAGGGCCAGGUCUCUACAUGAUUGAGCCUAGUGGAUUAUACUGGGGUUACUACGGUGCUGCAACAGGCAAGGGACGACAAGCUGCAAAGGCCGAAUUAGAGAAGCUGGACCUUGACUCACCGAAUUGCUCUCUGACGCUCAAGGAUGCUGUGAUGGAAGCUGCCCGCAUUAUUUACGUCGCACACGAAGAUUCCAAGGACAAGGAAUUCGAACUUGAGAUGACAUGGAUCUCGACGCUAGAUGGGCCAACCAAAGGUCGACAUCAGCAUGUCCCUCAAGAACUACUGGAGGAGGCCGAAAAGGCCGCAAAGAAGAGCUUGGAGGGAGACGAUGACGAGGACGAGGAAGAAGGAGAAGGGGAUGCCAUGCAGGAGUGA